AUGUCGCGCCUCGAAGGCAUGCCCGAGGAGCUGAUGUCCAACAUCUCCAUCAAGUUGGGAUCCGACGACAUCUUCAACUUCCGCCUUACAUGCAGAUCGAUCGAGCACAAGACCUUCCACGAGUUCGCAAACGAGUACUUCAACAGCAAAUGCUUCAUCCUCACCACGGAGAGCCUCAAGGUGCUCGUCAACAUCGCCACAAGCGAGAAGCUGCGCGGUUAUCUACACGAGGUUUACCUCGUGCCAGCGCUCUUCUCCGACCGCGUCUUCAACUGCUGCCAAGGUGACUUAUGCGUCUGGAAGCCGUCAACACGUCAGACCGAGGCGUGGCGCUUCUACAUGCAGGACCAGAAGAACCUCCAGAAGACCGGCCGCGAUUUGGAGAUGCUCACCGAAGCAUUCCAGCAAUUGCCCGGUCUCAGCAAGUUGACGUUCAAAGAUAGUGUGGGCAAGCUCCCGCGCGACCUCGACCUGCGUGGGUACCAGAAGGCUGUUCGCUCAACCAACAACACCCCGGCCAUGAUCCUUAGCGCUCCCGACGACAAGGAGUACUACCGCUGGAAGAAGCAUGUCUGGAAGGUGCUCAUCAAAGCGCUCGCGAACAGUGGCAAAAGCACCCUCAAGGACUUCCACGUCGAGCUCGAUCAGCUGAGGAAUGGCCUGGCGGUGGAGCACGAUCUCAAUUUCUCAAGCAAGGUGAUGCGUGGCCUUGGUGUGACUUUCAAGAACGUCCGCGCGGUCGGGCUCAACAUCAGCAGUCGUAAGAACUCCCAUCCGGAAGAAGACGACGAUGGGAUCGAUACGGUCCAGGCGGGAAAGGCCAUGGGAAACCUCGCACGCCUGCUUCCGGCUCUCAAGGAUCUGAGGCUUACGUUCACGCACUCGCCAUCGUCCGCCGCGCUGUGCAGGUCCUUCACCAACAAGCUUAAGCUAGAGAACAUGGUGAAACUCGAGCUGGAUAGGAUCUACUUGACUGCCAAGUACCUGGCUGCCACCGUCACUAAGCUGGUUUCCAUUGAGGACCUCCAAAUCACUACAAUAAACCUCACUCAAGGCACCUGGGUCCCGGUCCUGAAAGCCAUCCAGAAGCCUGAGAAGCUCCGCCAUCUCCACUUGAUGUACCUCAUGGAGGACUUUGUGCCCUGUUACUUCCUCAAGCCACUGCCAAAGUACACUCCCACGAGCCCUCAGACAGGUUCGGCCAUCGACCCAGGCGACAUGGGAAGCGAUGACUACGAGUCGGAGUACGAGUACGAUGAAGACGGCUACCCCAUUGAUGGUGAACCGAUGAGCGACGAUGGUACGGACGACAGCAUGCCAGAUCUCGAGCCGCACGACGACCGGCGCCCUGACGAGCUAGGCGACGACGGGGAGGGCUUCGAUCCCAACGGGCCGCAAGGAGUAAUCGACCACGCCGUCAGCCGUCCAUCAAACGAUCCUCCCAUCGGAGACGCAUCCUUCGGCCUCGGCCCCGACCGCGGCGGCAAAAUCUGUCUCGACUCCCGCGCCCUCAUCGAAAAGUACAUCCCCAUCUUCAUCGACGAGUACCGCCUCGAGGACGAGAUGGGCGACCAUUUCGAUCCCAACCAUCCCGUCAACGCCAUCAUGAACUCUCUGGGCGCGGCUUUUGGUGCUGCCGGACCGCCGGGAAUGGGUGGGCUGUAUGGGGUGCCGAUGCCGGGGCCGGGAGGAACGAUCUUUAUGGCGCCUGCGACGGGGGGCCCGGGUGGGAUGAUGCCACCGCCUCCACCACCGCCGGCGCAAGCGCAGGCAGGUGCUGGAGCAGCUGCGGGUGGGCCUGGCGGACAAGGUGCUCCUGGCGGAGCUGGGACAGCUGCGGGCAAUGGACAGGGUGGGGCUGGCGGGCAGGGCAUGUGGUGGUGA